AGGGGCUGACCCUUAAUUCCACGCGCCGCCGCCUCUCGUCCUUGUUCUUCCGAUUCCACGUGGAGUCAAGUCCUACCCGAAGACCGGUCAACUCCCCAAACCGAGCGCGUGGGAGAGCGAUGGAGACGAGGAGAGGAAAAAAAUAAAACUAAAGCCUUUAAAGUAGUAGCCGCGGAAGAAAAGUAGUAGUAGUGGAAGAAGAGCUAAAAGAGCAACGAGAGCGGAAGAGAAAAGGAGAAGAGAAAAAGACGUCGAUCGAUCCAUCCCCGACUCACAUUUCACGGGCUUCCAUCUCCCAAGCCCUCGCCUUUUUCUCCUCUCCCCUCCUUUCGCCCUUCCUUUCCCCCAAAUCCAGCGCCUUCUCCGCCUCCCCAUGCCCCCCUCCGCUUUCUUCCUCUUCUGAAACCCAAACGUCAGAGAGAGAGAGAGAAAGAGAGAGAGAGAGAGAGGCGAAGAGAGCUAGAGAAAGAGGUUGGUGGCGACGGGAAGAUGGAGUCGGGGUCGGGCUCCGGGGAAGGCCACAUCAAGGGCGUGCCCACGCACGGCGGCCGCUACGUGCAGUACAAUGUGUACGGCAACCUCUUCGAGGUCUCCUCCAAGUACGUCCCCCCGAUUCGCCCCGUCGGUCGCGGGGCGAACGGCAUUGUUUGUGCUGCUGUGAAUUCACAGACACGAGAAGAGGUUGCUAUUAAGAAGAUUGGUAAUGCAUUUGAUAACCGGAUCGAUGCCAAACGAACUUUAAGAGAAAUAAAGCUUCUCCGUCACAUGGAUCAUGAAAAUGUUAUUGCAAUAAAGGAUAUCAUACGCCCUCCAAGGGAAAACUUCAAUGAUGUCUUCAUCGUUUAUGAAUUAAUGGAUACUGAUCUUCAUCAGAUAAUUCGCUCCAAUCAGCCAUUGACUGAUGACCAUUGCCAGUAUUUCCUUUAUCAAUUACUUCGUGGGCUGAAAUACGUGCAUUCAGCACAUGUCUUACACCGAGACCUUAAGCCUAGCAAUUUGCUCCUAAAUGCAAAUUGUGACCUUAAGAUAGGAGAUUUUGGACUGGCAAGGACAACUUCUGAAACAGACUUCAUGACUGAGUAUGUUGUCACCCGAUGGUACCGGGCACCAGAGUUGCUUCUUAAUUGUUCAGAGUACACUGCUGCUAUUGAUAUUUGGUCGGUAGGAUGCAUACUUGGUGAAAUUGUGACUCGAGAGCCACUAUUUCCUGGAAAGGACUAUGUUCAUCAGUUAAGGCUGAUAACUGAGCUAAUAGGUUCACCGGAUGACUCGAGCCUUGGGUUUCUUCGAAGUGAUAAUGCCCGAAGGUAUGUGAGGCAGCUCCCUCAAUACCCAAGGCAACCAUUCAGGGCUAGGUUUCCAAACAUGUCUAGUGGAGCUGUUGAUUUACUGGAGAGAAUGCUGGUGUUUGAUCCAAGCAAGAGAAUUACAGUGGAUGAGGCUCUCUGUCACCCUUAUUUGGCAUCUUUUCAUGUUCUUAAUGAUGAACCUGUCUGCCCGGCUCCGUUCAGUUUUGAUUUUGAGCACCCAUCGUUUACUGAAGAAGAUAUUAAAGAACUCAUCUGGAGGGAAUCCUUGAAAUUCAAUCCAGAUCCAAUGCACUAGGAAAUUUUCUUGUAUGUGGUAUAUGUUGCUGAAUGUAAUUUAAUAGUAUUUGUUAUUGUGCUCUUAGAAUCAAAAUUGCUGCCCCAAUAUAUAACAAGAUGGAUGAGUGGCCUGAAGCCACUAGAAGCUAAGUCAUCUACCCAUUCUACUUCUAGCCCGUCAUCCUAAUGACUUUGAAGUUGAGCCAGAGCAUGAGACAAUAAAGGUGACUCGAUAUUUCCAUGUUUUAUGUAGGUCUUUGCUUUGGAAUUUUUAUUUGAGAAACAGAUACUGUUUGUGUUAGAAUUAUGUGGAAAUGUUAUGUGCCAUGUUUGUCAGCUACUGUUCAGAAAAUGAUAUGAAUCUGUACUCUCUUGGAAGAUUUUAUCCAUUUA